GCACCGCCGACCGCUGGAGGCGCUGUUCAGAAAACGGAUGACCGGUUUUAAUUCAGCCUCGGCUGCUCAUUUCGUCCUUCCGGUGCCCCCGUCGCCCCGCUCCCUCCCGAUGCUAACGCCGUCGGGCUUGGCUGUGGGAGCGUAAUGGCGGUGCACCGGGGACCCUCUACGAAAUGGCUCUUCACCCGGGAGCAGCUCGAAAACACACCGUCUCGACGCUGCGGAAUAGAGGCUGACAGGGAGCUCUCUUACCGCCAGCAGGCCGCCAACUUAAUCCAAGAUAUAGGCCAGAGACUCAACGUCUCUCAACUGAUUAUCAACACUGCUAUAGUAUAUAUGCACAGGUUUUAUAUGAUUCACUCUUUCACCAAAUUCCAUAGAAAUAUAAUUUCCCAGACCACGUUGUUCCUGGCGGCUAAGGUUGAAGAGCAGCCCAGGAAGCUGGAGCAUGUCAUUAAAAUAGCCCAUGCCUGCGUAAACCCACAAGAGCCUGCCCUAGACACUAAGAGCAAUGCAUUCCAGCAGCAGGCACAAGAGCUUGUAGCACUGGAAACAAUAGUGCUACAAACACUGGGUUUUGAAAUAACAGUUGAUCAUCCACACACAGAUGUUGUGAGGUGUUCCCAGCUAGUGCGAGCAAGCAAGGAUUUGGCACAGACUUCCUAUUUCAUGGCUACCAACAGUUUGCACCUCACCACCUUCUGCCUGCAGUACAGACCCACAGUCGUCGCGUGUGUCUGCAUCCACCUGGCCUGCAAGUGGUCCAACUGGGAGAUCCCCGUGUCCACAGAUGGCAAACACUGGUGGGAGUACGUGGACCGCACUGUAACGCUACAGCUGCUGGAUGAGCUCACGCACGAGUUUCUUCAGAUUCUGGAGAAGACGCCCAGCAGGCUGAAGAGGAUACGAAACUGGAGGGCCAUUCAAGCAGCCAAGAAGCCAAAGACAGAGGGCCCGACAGUGGACAGUGCCUUCCAGGGGACGUCCUUAGACAGCCUUCCCGGUGUCAACAACUCCUUCUUCCCUUCCACGUCUGGAUCAGACUCGGGAGACAUGCCCUCCCUGAACAGCAUCGCAGCCCCCUUCGCCUCCUACCAGCCGCUCAGCGACCCGUCAAAGAGCUGCGGCUACGACCAGUUCUCCCAGCCUCCCCACUCAGACUUCACCCUGGUCAAACACGAACACAAAUCUGCGGGCGGGUCUAGUAGUAAAAACCAGCAGCUCGCUGCGAACGCCUCAGCUUUGUCACGCUCGCAGAAAGUCUUGACUUUGGAAAAGUACAGAGAGAAACACGCGGCGGAGCUGGCCCUGCAGAACGGCGUGAAGGAGGAGCUGGGCACAGACAUGUACGCGCCACCUCCAGCUCUCUCCUCUCACCACCACAAGAAACGCUCUCAGCCGCAGCAGGCCGGCCAGUCGGGCGACGGCAGGAGAGAAAAGUCCAGCUCUAAAAAGACCCGGCUGCCUUCCUCCUUCGCCGAGAACGGCUCCGCCACUAGCGAGGAGCUCAAGAUGAGAAUCAAAGUUUCAUCAGAGCGCCACGGAGGCUCAGAGCAGGGCGGGACUCUGCCUGGAAAAGACAAGCACAAAGAGCACAGCGGCCACCGCCACUCGAAACAUGGACACUCGCACUCCCUCAGCGGGAGCAGUAGAGGGACACUAGACAACGCCUCCCUAUCUCUACGAGCUCCCGGCGGCCACUGCAACGACGGGAGCUCCUCCGGCUCGUCCCGUAAGAGGCCUCACUCUGACGCCGGCAACCACAACCACCACCACCACUCGACCAAGAGCGGCAGGAGCUCCAAAGGAGGCCUGAGCUCGUCCCACUACUCGUCGGAGAGCGGCCAGAGGAUGAUGGAGCACCACGGCCACGACGGAACCAACGGCAUGCUGACCGCCAACGGCCAACACACUGACUACAAAGACACUUUUGACAUGCUGGACUCUUUACUAAGUGCCCAAGGAAUGAACUUGUAACCCUCGGAGAGUCCCCAGUGUUGUCUAGAAUAAGGUAUUACCAUGUUUAAUAGAAUUUUAAAAAAUGAAUUUAUUUGUCUUAAGUUAUCAGAAUUCUGCAUCGCCCUCAGUCGUGUCUACACACUGAUUAUUGAUGAUUCUCGUUGAGCUGUCAAAUGUAAAAUUAUAUGCAUAGAGCUGUGUACUACUAGCUUGCAACAAAAAACAAACAAAACGAAAACAAACCAUGAGAAGUUUUAAGAAUGCGGCUGGAAAAACUGAGUUUUAAAUGUUAUUUUAACGCGAGCUGACAUUAUUUUAAUGUGCAUGUUUUCAGUCACAAAAGGGAAGACAUAGCUAGUGUUCGCAGCCAUUGUGACAGUUUACAGACAGUUAAUGUUUUUUUUUUUUGUUUUCAGUUUUUUCCUUUUUCCCCUUUUUUGUUUUUUUAGUUUUUUUUGUACGUUACGAUGUUAUGUUCCACUAAAAAUCUCAGGUCUUGAACUUUUUUGAUAUGAGAACGAAUCUUCCUCUGUUUGGGUUUAUUACCUGUAUCUGUGGAGAUGUAUCACCUCGUCCAUUUGCUGACGAAGACGGCAGAACUCUGGUAUCUGUCUUAGGAAACGUGGUCUGCUUAUUUUUCAAAGAGUGCAUCAAUAGUUACGGGAAAAAAAACAAAAAAAAAACAAAUACAAAUGUGAGGCCGACUCCAUUUGCUGUCUAUUUGCUGUCUAUUGGGACUCCAAGGCCGUACCUGAACUUAAUGUGCAGACUCAUUAUAGAGCUACAAAUGAAGUUUACGUUACAUCUGCUGUGAAAGUGCAUUUAAGAUAUAUCGGCUAAAAUUGCAAAAAGGCCUUGUGAUUGUACCUUGUCAAUCGCUAUUCAGUAUGAUAAAUGUUAUUAACUAUCAGAAAAUACAGAUCUCUAAAAUACAAUUGUGUAUAUAGGACUGUAGUUCAGAAUUAAAACUGUUGGUUUAUUGCAUCAGUCCAAACCUUCCUCCAUUCAGUGUAUCAUGAGAUCUAAAGCAGACUGUAUUGAUGAACAUAUCCUCGAUUUGUGUAUUGGGAGCCCAAAUAAAGGUGUAAAAGUGAUUUUUACACAUCAGAGA